UAUAUUAUCGAAUGGGUAUCUGGUGUGUGUGCGUGUGUGCAUGUGUGUGUACAUGUGUGUACAUGUGUGUGCGUGCAUGUCUGUUCAUCAGUGUGCCUGUGUGACUAAUCAGAAGUGGCCAGACUUCGCUGGAACAGAUAAAUUCUUGCGUGAAAAGAGAUGAGAGAGUUAAGGGUGAUUAUUUGCUUCCUGGCUGAAUUCAUCAUGGCCUGUGCAUCCAUGAAUUACUCAACCCAGUGUGAAUGCCAGAUGACCGAGACUGUCCAAGUGAUACAGGGAGAGGGGCUGCGUUUGCCCUGCCCCCACAGCGAAUGCAGGAAUGAGGCCACCAAUUCGCCGAUAUUUUGGUUUAAAGAAGGAAGUGAAGGAAUUCAGCCAAUCAGCAUGGAGGAAAAUGAGCGGGUCCAUUACCAUGAGGGUGUCUUGUACUUCCUGCCUUUUAAUCUGAAUGACACAGGCGUUUAUAUCACACAAUGGUGGUAUCAUGCACAUGCGUGUGAUGAGUUUAAAACUAAAAUUGUGGUUUUUGAGAAAUUUCACCUCAGUCAAGUGUACGCUAACCUCUCCGAAAAAACCGAGAUUCUGUUUUUAGACUGUCCAGUGUGGAACAACUGUAAAAAAACCAAAGGAGAAAUCUCCUGGUACAAGGAUUUCCAUCUGAUCCCUCAUAAGUCCAAUGAAAGGUUUAAAGUUAACCACAAUUUAGAAAAAUCUAUAGGAAUCUACACAUGUAUGUGCACGUGGGAAUAUCACGCCCAACUUUACAACACCAGUAGAUCCAUUCAGGUUCUAAGACAAGAAAAGUCAGUGGCUUUUCCUCCAACCUUUCAACAUCCCAUCAACAACUCAGUGCAGCUUGUGGACCUGGGGAAGGAGGUGAAGCUGAACUGCUUGGUGUUCUUUGGUAUAAAUAUAAAAACAAAUGGGAGAAGAGUGUUUUGGCAAAGGAACGGCAGCAACCUGAACACUAACUACAGGAUGGAAAAUGGAUCAAUGCUAUCAAGUUUUACAAUUAGUCAGGUAUCAGAGGCAGACCUCCGAUAUAAAUAUUGUUGUGAAGCCAGGAGCCUAUACGAAGUGGGUGUUGUGUGCAUCACCCUCAAGACCAGAGAAUCACUGAUCCCAAUGAUUUUGACAUUUUCAUACAUGGUCCUAUUCCUUCUGCUGGCUGCAUGGAUUGUGAAUUUCUUCACUGUGGAUCUCGUCUUGUUUUUCCGAAGCUUCAGAAUAAUGCAGAGAAAAAGAGAGGAUGGCAAAGUGUAUGAUGCAUAUGUGAUCUUCCAGAAGGAUAAUUUAGAUGAGAUAACAGGAAGGAAAGUUGCUUAUUUUGUCAACAAAGUAUUGCCGGCUGUACUGGAAAAGGCCUGUGGCUUUAAACUCUACAUACAGGGCAGAGACGACCUACCUGGUGAAGAUUGCACUGAGCUUAUUGAGAAGAAAAUGCAGCUGAGCCGCAGACUCAUAGCUGUGCUGCCUCCAGGAGUCAGUCACCAUCAAGGGGUCACAACCUCCUUGUGUUAUGACUGGGAAGUGGGACUGCACCAGGUGCUGGUCGAGCAGGAGCUAAAAGUGAUUCUGAUCCAACUGGGAGACAUGAUGGAGUAUUCCCAUCUGCCCCUGGGGCUGCAGCAUCUUCUCCAGAAGACUCCGCCCCUCAGGUGGGAUGAGUGCAAAGGCAAAGCAACUUGCCCCUCCUCUCGCUUCUGGAAGCAGGUGCGCUACAUGAUGCCUGUUCCGUCAGUCUCCAGCUCUCGUGAUGUUGACUUUUAAGUCUAAUAAGCACUUUUAAGUAUAAAAUUUUUAUUUUUUAACUCACUAAACAGGAACAUAUCUAUCUAUCUAUCUAUCUAUCUAUCUAUCUAUCUAUCUAUCUAUCUAUCUAUCUAUUGUACACUUAGAUCUUGCAUUAUUGUAAUCUAUUACAAAGUGUAUUAUAUAUAUAUAUACAAUUUUAACACAGAAUUGAUCAUUUUCAAGUGCUGGUUAGGAUACUGAUACUGUGGGUUGUUCUUGCUCAUAUUUAGGCAUAUAUGAGUCUUAUAUGACACCAGAAAUAUAGAAAAUCAGCAAAAUCUUCUGAAAAAUUAGUUUUUGUCAUUUGCUAAGACACGUUAAAUGAAACUAGGAUCCACUUGAUCUUCAUCAUCACCUUCUUAGCACAGCAUAAGUCUUCUCUUGCAAAUGUCUUAACACUUUUCCAUUUGUUUCACAAAUUUUUUGCACCCUUUUUCAAAACAUUUACCACAGAUCUCAUUCAAAGACCCUAAACUCUACUGGAUUAACUGUGUUGAACAAAAGGAAAAUAUCUAUUCACAGCUAAUAGAAAGAGCUUGCAUAAUUAUGAAUAUCUAACACACCUGUGUGAAACUCAUUAACAUUGGCAGCAAGCAGUCCUCUUCCCUCUAUAAAAGAUGCCACCUCUGUGUUGCUAUUUGCAAGCAUGGCUCAAAGAGUUUAAAAAUUCAUGGAAGGAGAGCAAGAGGUCAGGGAAGAGGGGUCAGAGGAAGUAUUGACCAUGACUAUCAGAUUGCAUGAAAUCCAGGCAGCUCAGGAAGCAUUUCAAGGGAAGACAUCCAAUUUUUGAGAACCUGUAGCAUGAUCAUUAUGAAUGGAUGGGCUAACUGUGUUUUGAGUAUUUUAUCUCUUCUUUUACAUUAAAAAAAAAUAGAGAUUUCCACCUUUAAGUUUCCUUAGGGUUGGCUGCUUUUUUUAAAAAACAAAAUUCAACACUUCUGAUACUUCUUACAGUGUAAUUUCAUAUUGAUGGCUGUUUUUGUUUUUUUUUUGGUAUUUUGUUGUCCAGUGUGUAAUGAUGUGGUCAAAUUAAAUAUAUUUAAUCAAA